UUUAUAUGAUAGAGUAUCAGGUAUCAAUAAUACAGUAUAAUACAGGAGUGGAUCAGACAGUACGGAGACUAAGAACUCAUCAUUACUUAAUAAGUAUUGUCUGAAAUAUGACAUCAUAUCCACAUAAUAAUAAUAAUAAUAAUAAUAAUAAUAAUAAUAUAGUCACAGCCAUUAGUAACUGGUAAAGUGUUAACAUGUAGUAAUAAACUGACUACAGAAACACCAGCUGCUAUGCAUUAAUAGUAUACUAACAAUAUACUAAUAAUAUAACAAACUAACGCACAACCAUUACAGCCUAACAGUAGAGAAAGAAAGAGUCUACCAGUCUACAAUAGGACAAUAUGGCCACUAGCCUAUUGCCAUUAAUUAUUAUUUUAUUAUUAUUAUCUUUUACUAGACCACAGCACUAUAAAGAAGAAGAGAAGCCAUUAAUUAACUAUUGUAUACAAGACAAGGACUGUAACCCUGAAAUAUUCAAUAACCAAAACCUCUCGCAGUACGUGCAGUGCAGUCAUGAAGGACUCUGCCACUGCAGCAGCUGCUUCAUAUUAAACACUACAAGGAACCAAUGCUACACACUCCCAGACUGUACACUGUAUGAUAAUGUAACUAGAACAUGUUAUGAUAUUAGGAAGAGGCAGACUAUCGCUAUUAUAUAUGCAGCUGCACUGGCCAUUGGAGGAGCAGCCAACUUCUACAUUGAGAGAUGGGAACUAGCAAUACCUCAAGCUAUUAUAGGUAUUCUAUUCACCCUAAUGCCACUGGUGGCUUACUGUCUCAAAUCAGGUUUGGAUUACGAGUUUGACCCAUACGAGUACGAGGGACCAGUGAUAAAGGUAUCAUGGAGCGUACUGGGCGUGGCCUGGAGCUUGAUAACAUUAAUAAUGGGGGCGUGGUACAUUACUGAUCUCGUUAUAUUCAGUUUAAACAAGAGAAUAGAUGGAAGGGGAUGCCCCCUUCGUUAGUAAUAU